CCUUGCUCACCACGGCUCCGUUGGACCAUAUAACGCAACGUUGCGCGACCGGGAAUCGAUAGAAACCCUAAAACAAACCUAAAUAAAGCCUAAUUUGUGAGCGGAGCUUUUGGCAUUUGGCGGCGAACUAUCCGGCGAUUCAGGUGUAUCUAAAUUUCGCAGCAGCCACCAAUAUGGCUACUCGUGUUCAGUUUGAAAACAAUUGUGAAGUCGGGGUAUUCUCUAAGUUAACAAAUGCCUACUGUUUGGUUGCAAUUGGAGGAUCAGAGAGCUUUUACAGUGUGUUUGAGUCUGAGUUGGCUGAUGUUAUCCCUGUGGUCAAGACCUCUAUAGCAGGAACUAGAAUUAUUGGACGACUUUGCGCUGGAAAUAAGAAUGGGCUUCUUUUGCCACACACCACAACUGACCAAGAGCUACAACAUCUGAGGAACAGUCUGCCUGAUGGUGUGGUUGUCCAAAGAAUAGACGAAAGGCUAUCUGCUUUAGGCAAUUGCAUUGCUUGCAAUGACCAUGUUGCUCUUACACAUCCUGAUCUGGAUAGGGAAACCGAAGAACUCAUUGCAGAUGUACUUGGUGUGGAAGUGUUUAGGCAAACAAUUGCUGGAAACAUACUUGUGGGAAGUUACUGUGCAUUUUCGAAUAAAGGGGGUCUGGUACACCCUCAUACAUCUAUCGAAGACCUUGAUGAACUCUCAACUCUUCUCCAAGUCCCUCUGGUCGCAGGAACAGUGAACCGUGGCAGCGAGGUUAUUGCUUCUGGAAUGACUGUCAAUGACUGGACAGCUUUCUGUGGAUCUGACACCACUGCGACAGAGCUCUCCGUCAUUGAAAGUGUCUUCAAACUAAGAGACGCACAGCCAAACAUUAUUGUAGAUGAGAUGAGGAAGUCGCUCAUCGACAGCUACGUGUGAUAUCUUGGAUCUAGAUAGCAAUGGAAUACUAUGGAGCUAAGAUUGCUCAGGAGUCGACUAUGGAUUCAACCUUAUGGUGGCCAAAAUUAUUGUAAUACAGAGUUUGUUAUUUGCUGAGUGUGGAUUGUGAAAGUUAGCUAAUGGAGAUUAAGCUAAGAAAGAGCUUCACUUAGUUUGGUGAAAUACCAAGUGAAUUGGUAUGGAGAUAACGGAGGGUUGUGAAGGACUUUGUUUUUUUGUACUCGAUAAUCUAAAUUAGAAAUGCCUUUAUAUUUA